GUUCAGUCUAAAAUUCUCUUCUGGUAAAGCAGUAAAGCCCUUUGCACUCUAAACACUCAUGAAGACUGGAGCUGGUAGCAGUGCAUUAAAGCAGUUAACAAACAAGGCCAGAAGCAGGCUGCAGUCUGCUCAUUUCACUGACAGAAAGACAUCUUCUGAACUGAAAAUUCAGCAAAAACCAAGAUGGGAAAAUAGUGGGCACAAAUAAAAUCCUUUGAGUGGAUGUCACUUUCCAAGAGAAAAGUGGACAUAAUUUUAAGACAAACUCAGUCAUGGCAAACAAAGUCCAUGUAUGGUGCUUACUGGAAACAUUCUCUUUUGUUCUUUACUUUAAAUACCUGACUUUGCUUGCUAUAGACCUCAUUCUACCAAGCUUGCACUACAUUUGAAUCAUACUUCCCUAUACACACAACUUAGAAGUUAUAUCUCUACUUUUCCAAUUGUAAAAAUGUGAUUCCUUGAAGCUGUGUUCUCUGAAAACAGUGAGAACUGACAAUACAGAAAUGUUUGGGCUUUGAUUUUUAAACAUCUUUGGAACAUUUGACUGUGGAAAAAUCUGAGCUGAGUUAGUUUGGCAACCUGACCUCCUGCAUAUCAAAAAAGUUAAACUAAAACGGAGCGUUUGUAUUUGUUGAAGAACAUGUGAAUCAUGUUUGUUUUUAAUUAUUAAUUGUGGAAGAAAGAAUCCAGUGCUUUUUUAUUUUUCCCCUCUGGUUUACCAAAUUCAGCCGAAAAUGAAAACAGGAAAAACUGGUAACACCAGCCAAAGAAUCGAUAACUUAGAGGUUCUUAAACAUCUCUCAUCUCAUUUGGAAAGGGACUGUUUCAUCGCUGAAUGUGUGAGAAGGAUGACAUUUAAAGAGAAUAAUGAGGGAUAAACCUAUGAAGUAAUGUUUAUGAACUGGAGAAAAAUUAGCAACUACUGUUCUGGUAAAAAAAAGUGAAUGAUGUUUUGUUUUUAAGGCUAUUUGCACUGUUAUUCAAACACUGCUCAGACAGCACGCCAAAUUUAUACAAUGAUCUACAAACCCUCCCUGCCAGGGCAAACCAUCAAUUGCAACAAUGUUCAUUUUGUCUCAGAGCAGAAUCCAACAGAUGAAGAGAAAUCUGCAAAGGGCUACGAAGUGUUUGGUCACGCAGAGGCACAGCCCAGGAGAAAGGAAAGGUCAAGUGGGAAGCUCCUCAGGCCUGAAGCUUCCCCAAACAAAACUUGUAUUAAAAAGCAACACAUCCUUCGUGGGACUGGAAAAAAAGGCUCUGCUUUUUUACCCUUUCUGCUUUUGUUGGGUGCCCUUGACAACAGUAUUCCUGCCUCCUAUUGUCUGUCCCAUGUGUAAAAAUAAAACAGUUCCUCACCCCACAAAGACGCUGUCAGAUUUACGGUUGUAUGCUGACAAACACACACUAAUGCUCAUGAUACACAGCAGUUAAAUUUCUGGGAACUCAGUGAUAAGGUCAGGUAUUAUUUAAAUCAGUCACAGUCAAAUCCGAAAACAGAAGCUACAUGGUGAGCUUGUGUGCAACAUUUAUGCUCACUGAGAAUCAUCUCCUAAAACAGAGCAGUUUCUCAAUUUACAUUGAAUAAGCUUGUUUUAGAGGUAGUUUUUCCUCCGUACAGAGGGUUUGCAAAGGACUUCACAGAAGGCACGCUCCUCCCACGCAGCUUCCUGAGGUAAGCACUCACACCUCAGCUGUGGGACUGACUGAAGCACUUCAGUGAAAAGGAACUUUUCGGCCUCUUAAAACCUGAGAAGAGUUUAGAGCAGGGCACCCUCCUUUGGACGAUGACAAAUAAAUCACCAGCGGUCGUGGUAAAGGUGGGGGGAGAAGCUAAAACCCGUCCUGCCCUGAAGGUUUUCCAGCAAAAGCGAGGAAUAACGCUUGCUCUGUGCCCUACGAACUAACCAGCCAACAGCGAGCAUUACACAGUGCCUCAUGGUCUCGCAGCAGCAGCAGGCUAAACUUUUCACCGUGACUCCCAAUGGAACCCGUGAGACAGAAGGAACUUUUUAGCACUUAGAAUACCUUUGCCAGACACCUCGCAGCGGACACGCGGAAAGGAAAAGGAACCGAACCCCGCAUCCCUCGGCACGCGGUGUUUAUAAGCGGCGGGAGGCGCCGGGCGGGAGCUGCGGGGCUCGGCGCGGGGGGAGGAGGAGGAGCCCAUUGGCUCCCGGGCCGUGGGAUCCCAUAUCCUGCGAGUGAAUGAGGCAGCCCGAGAGCGGGCCGGGCGAUUCCUCUUCCCCAAGGAAGGAAAGAACAGAAGGCAGCUGCACUUUUGGUGGAUUUGUCCUGAAUGAAAUCAGCACGUGAGAAGAUCUAAUUGGAACUGUAAGUUUACUUGAAGAUGCCACAAAGGGAAGAACUCAUCUGCAAGUCUUGUCUUUCAGAGCUGUCUGCUCUCUUCCAGUACAAGAAGAAUGUUUUUGAGAAAGAUGACUUGUGAAAACCGAGCAGGAAGUUGGGUUUGUGAUACUGAGUGAGAGACAUCAUGCCUUACAGCGGACACUUAUCCUGAAGGACUGACACUGUGCUCUCAAAGUAAACUGCAAGCACUCUUUAUAAACAAAACAGAGAAGACAAAAAUAAUUCUGUUCCUAAACGGGAAUAAGAAUUACAAGAACUGCAUCAGAAUGUUUGUUAGUCCUAGAAGAGUCAGAAAAUGCCAGUUCUUGCAGAUAUUCGCCACUUGCUUCAUACUGUGUGUCAUGAUUUUCUGGGGACCAUUUGAUAAUCGCUUUGUAAGCCAUAUGAAGUCCUAUUCAUACAGAUACCUCAUAAACAGCUACAAUUUUGUGAAUGACAGCCUGUCCAUCAGUAGGGAUAACAUGGACAGAGUAGCAGGCUACCAGUACUUGAUGAACCACAGGGAGAAAUGUCAACAGCAGGAUGUCCUUCUCCUGUUGUUUGUGAAGUCUUCUCCUGAAAACCGUCAUCGGAGAGAUGCAAUUCGACAGACUUGGGGUAAUGAGAAAUAUGUUCGUUCUAAACUUAAUGCCAACAUUAAAACCCUUUUUGCUUUGGGACAACCAACAGAUCAUUUGCGGCAAAGAGACCUUUAUCUGGAAGACCAGAAAUACAGCGAUUUGAUUCAGCAAGAUUUCUUGGAUACUUUUCACAACCUUACUACUAAAUUACUUCUACAGUUCAGCUGGGUAAAUGCCUACUGUCCUCAUGCCAGGUUUAUUAUGUCUGCAGAUGAUGAUAUAUUUAUCCAUAUGCCAAAUCUCGUUGCUUAUCUCCAAAGUCUAGCACAAAUGGGUGUUCAGGAUCUCUGGAUUGGCCGUGUCCAUCGUGGAUCCCCUCCCGUAAGAGAUAAGACUAGCAAAUACUAUGUUCCAUAUGAAAUGUACCAGUGGCCCUCGUAUCCUGACUACACAGCAGGAGCUGCGUAUGUAAUAUCAAGUGAUGUAGCAGCUAAAGUAUAUGAGGCUUCAUUGACUCUCAAUACCAGUCUUUAUAUAGAUGAUGUCUUCAUGGGCCUCUGUGCCAACAAAAUGGGAAUUGUACCACAGUAUCAUGCCUUUUUUUCUGGGGAAGGAAAGGCUCCAUAUCAUCCCUGCAUUUACAACAGAAUGAUGACAUCUCAUGGACACGUGGAUGACCUUCACUAUCUUUGGAAGCAGGCUACCGAUCCCAAAGUUAAAAAGCUUUCCUCGGGGCUCUGGAGUAGAAUAUACUGCAGAAUAGUUAAUAUUAUGCUUCUCUGUAAGCUGUAUUAUGAGAACACAUACCCUUGUUCAGCUGCAUUUUCCUAAUACUUGAAUAUCUGUUGAAGAUCCACUGAGCCAAAACAGAGCAACAACUUUUUUUGCUGUUUAUUCAAAAUAUAUGUAAAUGUGAAUAGCUGGGGUGGGCUUGGGAGGGGUGGGAUAGGAAAUGAAGCAGGGUAGUGGGAGGAUGGUGCCAAGUCCUGUUCAGAAACUGUUAUUGGAAUAGCUCUCCUAUUGUACCACAACUUUCUACAUUGUAGCCUGCUUUAUUACUAUUAUUUUUUUUACACCCUUCACAGGAUGAGAAUCUGAAUUAUAUGGUCAUUAAAUGAACUAUAAUGGACUUCUAGACUUUGAAAUGGUUGGUGAAAAUAUCACUUAUUUUGAAUUUGUUAGCAAGUCCUAAGGUUUUUUUUUUAAUUUUUAAAAAGCUAAGGCAUGUGAUUUUUUUAAAAAAGUCUACUGCAUGAAAAUGAAGUAGACCUUUCAAAACGAGAGGAAGGAGAACUUGUGACUCAGUUUAGUAGUUCAAGGCAAUGUAGAUUGGUUACAUAUAUUCAGUAUUUUUGAAUGCUUUAUGGAAAGUAUGCCUGGACCUGCACAACUGACCAAGUACAGGAAGUGUAGACCUGCUACAGUCUUUUUCUCAAAGCCCCCUCUAUCUCUGAAGUAAGGAAACAGUGUCUGAGUGCCCUUUAACUUGCUUCUUCAAAGCAGCAAAUGAGCUCCCUUUAGAUCAGAAGUGAACUGGAAAGGAUGAAAAUCUAGUGUUUAUGUCAAAGCUCUGUCUUCUGAAAAGUUAAGCUGUAUAUUUAAACAAUCCAGUCUUUAAUAAGACAAUAGACUAAGUGCAUUUAAGACUGGUCUUCUAACAGUGGUUCUGUUUUCUUUUGUUCAUGGUCCUGAAGGUGAAAAGCAAGUGAAAGUCAUAGUUGUGUUCCUCAAGAGUGUUAUCUAUAGCCAAUUUGAAGCAGUUAGUGAUUUUAAAGAGCAAAGUUUCAUGUUUAGCAUUUGUUAGAUAAGGAGAAUGUUUUCUGCACAAAGGUUUGAUGUCAUGGUGAAAGGUUAGGCAGAUGGUGAUCCACAGAAACUCAAUACACAAAAUCACAAUCACUAAAACAUUUCUCAAGUCUUUUCCUGAAGAGAAAAGACUCUGUAGAAUGUCAUGGUAGUCUUUGUCCCCAAAAGCGUGUCUCUUGAAUAGAGCUAACUGUUAAUAUCACAUGCAGGAAGAACCAAAUACCUGUGCAUUGUAAAUCUAGGUAGUGCUGAAAUUCUGGGUGUUGAGUUGAAUUGUGGUGCCAUCUAAAUGUUGUUCAAAAAAAAAAAAAAAAAAGUGGUUCUGAGAUGUCUGCAGUCUUUUCUUGUAUAACUUACUAAUGGUGUCUUUACAGUCUCACAGGACGGCUAAUUUGGUUGUGGUAGCUCUUCCUGGAGCAGGCACAGGCUAUGCAAAGGGCAGCCAGAUAUUGCUUGUGAACUGAUUCAAUACUGGAACAAGUUAGUGUAGGUAAUGUCAUUAAAAACUACUUCUGAAAGAUUGAAUGAGACAAGUUUAUCAGCAAGCAGGAACAUGCAACCCAAGAACUUCGAGGUACCAGCGAUCUGUCACAGUCUUGGGAUCUGCUGAUAAUGUACUGCCUAUGGAAGCAAUGCUCCUUGCUUUCUGAGAUGUCUAAAGCUGGCCUUUUCUCCUCUGCCUGAAGUCUGUUGCUGCUGUGUGGAGCAGUGAAGCAUUUAAUGUCUUCUAACUUCACUUUAGAAGAGUUGUGUGUGGCAUGGCAGUUUUAAGCUGUAAGUAGUAAAUUGUUUAAAUCACUGCUGCUGUUCUGUGAGCUGUGCUGCAGUUUUAAUGAUUUGAAUACUAAUGGUAUUUGAAUGCUAAUAGCUAGCACUGAUUUAAAAAAAAAAAAGCAGCAGCUUGCUGACUGUUCCUGAAACUGCCAUUUCAGAUGGAUGUUAAGUAGCUACUAGAUUGAAGUGAAUAUGUAACUUCACAAUUGGUUUUCCAAGAGGAAAAUAAUAAUCCUAACUGGACAAAAUGUUAGGUACGUAUAGAUCACAAACUCAUUUAUCAGUAUUAAAAUAAUUGGACUGCAACAGCUGUAUUCUAGAAAAACAAACCUGCUUCAUGUUCUUCCCUACAAACUGAUUACAACCUGAGGAUUUUUUCUUUUUUUUUCUUUUUUUUUUUUAAGAAAA